AAUGCAGGAAGAGGAAGAAGAGGAGGAGGUGAAAACGUUGGUGUGGUGGAACAUUAGCAGCUGUCCGAUUCCACCUGGUUAUGAUCCCCGUCAGGUCGGUCCGAGAAUAGUUUCCGCCUUGAUGAAUUCAAAAGUCUCUGGUCCUGUCACCAUAACUGCCAUUGGCAGACUAACACACGACCCUAAUGCCCCUGACAAUGAUGUCUUGCGAGAGCUGUCUUCCACUGGAGUUGCUCUAAUACAUGCGGAAGAACUUCAAACGGAUUUGUCUGAGUGGACUGAGAGGAAUCCACCUCCGGCUAAUAUACUGCUCAUAUCUGGUCCUACGGAACUGGAAAGCUUAGCUCGUACUCUUUAUGGCCUAGAUAUUGAUGGAUACACACUUCUUCUGUCAUAUCCUCAACGCCAUCCAGCUCCAGACUGGCUCUGGGAAAGCUUUUUGUCUGGGGUUUAUAAAGAGUGGCUCUGGAAAAGCUUACUAGAUGAUAUGGAUUCAGUGUCUGCGGUUGAUAAAAAGUUGACAACAAGACUUGUUCUUCAGGACAAGUGCAGUGAAACGGGUGAAUCUCCCUGGUCGUGCUCUAUGUGUGAUUUUGCUGGACAAAGCUUUGAAGAUUUCAGCACGCAUCUCAAGAGUGACAACCAUACACACAAUGCUUUGGAGACUUUGAAAAUGGUAGAUGUGGUGAAGCUUAACCAAUUCAAGAAACUGAGCAAGAAGAGGAAGCUUGGAGAAGUUGAAGUAGAGAAGGACACUGAAGAAGGUAAAGUAGAGGAGGAUACCGAAUGCCUCAUCUAGAAGAGGACUCUUGACUAGACGAAGAAAAAUAGUACAUGGGCCAUGGGGUGUUGUUCUAACUAGACAUGGUGAUGCCAUCAAGUGGAGGUCGGAUAUAGUAACCGGAUAGUAUGUUUGAUUACCGUUUUUACUGGUCGUCAGAUGAUUAAUAAUAAUGCGAGAAAGAUGGUUCCAAUUUCUGUAGUGAUGAACUGAUACAGUAAAAAAUAAUGGUGAGGUUGAUGCAUUAAAAAGUUUGAAUGUUUGGUACUGCGUUAUGAUGCUAUCUUAGCUA